AUGCUGAAAAAUGAACUUUCUGUUCGUUUUGAGAUGAAGAAUUUGGGGGAAGUAAGCUGUUUUCUUGGUCUGGAAAUUGAAAAAACAGAUCAAGGGUAUUUUGUCUCUCAAAAGACAUACGCAAGGAAAUUGUUGUAUCGUUUUGGCAUGGGGGAGUCGAAAGAAAAAGCCACUCGAAUGGAACCACAUCUCAAGCUGAUGAAAGAUGAAGGAAAUGCAUUAAACGAUGUCAAAAAAUUUCAGCAACUUGUUGGUAGUUUAAUUUAUUUAACUAUCACAAGACCAGAGAUUGCUUAUUCUGUGGGAAUUGUGUCUCUGUUCAUGCAAUGUCCGAGAAGUUCACACCUAGAUGCAGCAAGAAGAAUUCUUCAUUAUGUGAAGGGCUCACUUGAUCAUGGUCUUCUCAAGAAGCAACCAGUGGUAGCAUUAUCUAGCACUGAAGCUGAGUACGUAGCAGCAACUAUGGCUGCACAAGAAUGUAUGUGGUUGAAGAGAUUAAUAUGA